UAUUUACCACAAGGCAAACAAGGCAUUUGCCUAGGAUGGCAUUUUUCAGGGUGGCAGCACCGUUCCCUGGAAGAAGGGACAGAAGAAGGGACACACACUGCAUGGGGACCAGGUGGGAUCCGAGAGAGGCUGCAGGCUGCUUGACGGUGUAUGCAGAGCCCGACUCUCAUUCCAGGGGAUGUCUGGAGCUGUGAAGGGGAGUUAUGGGGGGGGGGGUGGAGGGGGGUUGGUGUUGGUUGGUGUCAGGCUCUCUCCGUGUGUGCGUGGUGGUGGUGGGGGGGGGGGAAGGGGGGGGGGACGAUUUUUUUUGUUGCCUAGGGCAGCACAAAACCUAAAUACACCACUGAUUGUGGCU